UAGUCGGCAGUCUCCGUUGUCAUGCAUGAUGUCCCUGUAGUAUUUCCUGCUGCUGCUGAGGGGACAACUGGGCAGCUCGCUGUCGGCAGAGCGCCACGGCCGUCGCUUCUCUGAUGGAAUCGGAGCGGUAGAGAUGGAUACACUGAGGAAUGCUGUGCAACGCACUCGGCGCAGCUUUGCGGGUCUGGCAGUGGUGUCAGCCCUGACGCUGGUGCUGCUGUACUGCACGGUGCUGAGGCUGGACGCCCCGCCCGAGCUGCACCGCGCCUUCCUGCUGUCCCGCCACAUGCAGGCGUACCCCGUGCUGCGGCACCCACGCAGCUGCCUGUCCCCCCGUCCCAUCGCCCUGCUACUCGCCAUAAAGUCCCGGACGGCCAGCUGGGACCGGCGGGCGGCGGUGCGGGCCACCUGGGGGCGUGAAGGCCAGUGGGGCGGCCGGGCCGUGAGGCGCGUCUUCCUGCUGGGCCGCUCGGAGGGCGAGGGUGAGGGCGAGGGGGGGCGCGGGCUGGCCCUGGACGCCCUGGUGGCGGAGGAGAGCGAGCGCCACGGGGACGUCCUGCAGUGGGAUUUCCGGGAGUCCUUCUUCAAUGUGACGCUGAAGGAGGUGCUGUUCUGGCGCUGGUUUCAGGAGGCCUGCUCCAGUGCGGUGCUGUACGUGCUGAAGGGGGACGAUGACGUGUUCGUGGACGUGGAGGGCGUGCUGGGCUUCCUGCAGCGGCAGCCCACCCCUCAGCAGCCCCUCUAUGUGGGCCGGGCCUUCGUCGACACCUACCCCGUGCGUCUGUGGUGGAACAAGUACUAUGUCCCCUACUCCCUGUACCCCAGCAGAGCCUACCCGCCCUACCUGGGCGGCGGCGGGUACCUGGUCUCCCGGGAGACCAUCCGUCUGCUCCUCGGGGCCUCCUCUGUGGUGCCCCUCUUCCCCAUCGAUGACGCUUACGUGGGCAUGUGCGCCCAGGUGGCCAACGUCAGCGCCAGCCACCACCCGGGCUUCAUGCCGUUCGAGUUCUCUCCUGCGCUGCACCCCUGCGCCUACCAGGGCCUGCUGGUGCUGCACCGGCUGGAGCCCAACGAGCUCUACCUGCUGUGGAGCUUCUACAGGAAGCAGCGACACACCUGCCGGGGCAGGGUCACCGAGGGUGACCAGACACGGGGGCGGACACCGGGCGAGCGAGGUGACCGGGAGAUCGGGGUGACCGGGUGGGCGGGGUGA